AUGUUAGGAGAUCCAGCUCGGUGUAAUCAGAAGCUCAGAUGUAUCUAUCACCAAGACAAGGGGCAUAUGACUCAGAACUGCAGAGUGCUGAAACAACACUUAGAAGACCUAGUAGCAGCCGGACAUUUCUGGGAUUGCAUUGAUCAGGAUAAAGCAGUGACUGAGCCGGGGAACCCACCACCAGAACCGAACAUUGAGCAUCCACUUCAGCUGAUAAUAAAUGUGAUCCAUGGAACAGCGAUCCAGGAACGUGAAGAGGCACUGAAAGAAGAGAUUGCUAAGGCUGUGCAAAUUCAGCAGGUCAUGUCAGUAGGGCCCGCAUCGAAAAAGGUAUGCACGGCACCCAAAUCCCCCUUUUGCACUGUUUCGUUCACUAGAAAGGAUUUAGAAUGCAUACAACACCCACAUACUGAUGCACUGAUUAUAACUGUGGGAAUUGGAAAUGGUUUGACGUAA